UUAGCAAUUAGUUUUAUCUCUAGGGUUCCUUCCAAAGAACAAUUGGAGACGUCGGAACCUUCUAGACUAUUGCUGCUGGUUGUUCACAAAUAAGUCUUGGGACAUCAUGCCGGGUCAGAGUUAUUUAUCCAAGCAUCCCACUGAGCCGUUUAUCAUCCCAAAUGCCAUCCUAUUCCCAUUAUAGUGCACUACUAUAAGGCUCUGGUCAAAAGAAGUGCACUGUACAUUGGAACCAGGGUGUCAAUUGGGAAACAGACACAGUCUUGCAGGAAUCACAUGUCUGGGACACAGAGGCUUGAGGACAGCAAUGGUUCAUCAGUCAUCACACCACAUGAUCAGAGGAAGAGACAGAAGUAUUACCAAGAGACCUGGGCUAGAGAUCUGGAUGGAAAGAGUUGCAGAGAAGAAGCCUGGUUUGUUGAUAAGUUAUUGAUUAACUGGAUAUCCAACAGCUCCUUAAUAAUCUGAAUCUACUGCCUGCCGCCGUGUAGCCCCUGAUUCCUGUCCAGAUAUUUCUGCCGUGCCUGGUAACCCGGGACAGCCAGAGGGUCCUUCUCGUUAAUAGCUGAUUGUAAAGAAGGAGCUGGGUCUGAAACCGGAGACGGGGAGCUGUUGGUUACCUUAGCCCCAGAGAGAUGAAUCUUCGUGGGCCAUCUGCCCACCUGGGGGCCCGUAGGGGCCAGGAUCCGGGCUGGAGAAGAUCAUGGGAACCGUCCUAUUGGGACGGACUCAUGUCUGAAGUGGAGGUGGUGCCCCGACAUACCGGUCUUCAGGGAUGUAACCCUCCUCAGCAACAGAGCGCCAGAGAUGAAGGGAGCCACAGCCAGAAUCUAGACAGGUGUUUGCAGGAGUUGGAGAGAGUGCAGUGUCAGACCUAUUUUAAAGGUGGAAGCCCAGUUAGCAGUCCUGGCCAAGUGCAGUGUCAGACCUAUUUUAAAGGUGGAAGCCCAGUUAGCAGUCCUGACCAAGUGUCCAAGGUAGAGCUUGUGCCUCCAUCUCCCCCUCAACUUACCCCUGCUCGUACCCCUCGGCCGCACAGCGCCAUCGAGGGAAGACGUCAGAUGAACGAGUGGCUGUAUGAGUUGGAGAAGAUGCAGAGUGGGGACUAUUUUGAAGGAAGCCCCACUGACAGCCCAGAGGUUGAGCCCCAUCCGAAGGUUCAUUUGGGUCGUACCCCUCGCCCGCAGAGCGCCAUCGAGGGAGGUAGCCAGAAUCUAGACAGGUGGUUACAGGAGCUGGAGAGGAUGGAGAACGGGAGAUAUUUCGGAAACCCUGACCGAGCGCAGAGAGAUCAAGUGCAGGCCCCUUUCUACGACGGGACAGCGUCGAUGCCAACCCUUCACAAGGAACCCGUUGGCUCUGGCCUGCAUUACCACUACCAGGGCCUCCCCUCGUCCCCAUCUCUCUGCAGCCGGGACAGGGACCUCUCCCCCUGUGGGACCCCCAGCCAGUGUGACAUUUCCCUGGGCAGCCAGGAUUCCCUCAGGGCAGGAUUGUCCUCUGCCCCGGACAACAACGGUAGCUGGGAAAGGGCUAUAAUCAAGCAGGCUUCAGGGAAGGAGGAGGCUAAACUCAGCUCUCUGACUCCGGUGAGAGUGGGCUGGCUGCCCAUCCAGAGAAGGGCCCUGUUGAGGAAUGCUCCAGGCCCUGGACCCAGACAUCCACACCUUCAGGUCAAUGUAGCCAGACAGGUGAGACUUAAACCGGCCAUUACCCCUACCUUCCGGAAGAAUCCUGUCAAGGGAAACGUGAUCAAACCUGUAGUAGAGGGAGAGGUGGAGAAGGUGGAGUGGAGUCAACCCAGCAUUAACACUGUGGGGCUCAGAACGAGGUGGCUUCCUGACCAGGCUCCUUCCCCCAGGACUCAACACCAGGUCUCAGGCAAGGAAAGCUCAGUGCCAAUGGAGAGGGACAACAGGUCUUUAGGUUGGCAGGAUCAGAGGAGAAGUUGGUCUAGCAGGACAUCAUCACACCUCAGUGGUAGUGGGACUCCUACCCAGUCUAACAACUCCCUCCCCGGGGCUAACACUACCUCAGAGCCUGCCAGGAAGAGCCCUCUACACAGGACAACCAGCAACAACCAACAGCCUUCACACACUUCAGAACCCUGCUGGAGAUCUUCUCUACACAGGACCAAUAGCUUCCAAACGUCUUCUCCCUGGACGAUCAGGCCAACAGUCCAAAAUAAUCCUUCACACAUUGAGAUAUCCCCCUCUGGAACCAAAUGUGCUCCGUACAGGAGCAACAACUCUCUAUGUAGGACAAACAGCGUCCAACAGAAACCUUCACACGCUGAGUUAACUCCUUACAGAACCAGCUCAGAGCCUUACAGAGCAACCUCUCUACAAAAACGAACAAGUUGUCUUCCACAAACUUCUCCUGCUGGGGUAGUAUCACCCCCGGCCCCUGGGACCACUACAGGUGCUACCAUCGUCCUGAAGACAACUGCACCAGCCUUCUCCUCCAUUACCAUCGCCACCAAGAAGAUCUCCAGGACGACAAGCCUCCCUGGGUCUAGACCUCUGAGCCCUGGAUCUAGAGCCCCCAGACCCCAGAGCUACCACUCUGACGAGACCAGGGUCCCAGGCUAUAAAGCCCCCAGACCCCAGAGCUACCACUCUGACGAGACCAGGGUCCCAGGCUAUAAAGCCCCCAGGCCCCAGAGCUACCACUGUGACGAGGCCAGUGUCCCAGGCUAUAAAACCCCCAGGCCCCAGAGCUACCACUGCGACGAGGCCAGGGUCCCAGGCUAUAAAACCCCCAGUCCCCAGAGCUACCACUGCGAAGAGGCCAGAGUCCCAGGAUAUAAAACCCCCAGGCCCCAGAGCUACCACUGCGACGAGGCCAGGGUCCCAGGCUAUAAAACCCCUAGGCCCCAGAGCUACCACUGCGACGAGGCCAGGGUCCCAGGCUAUACAACCCCCAGGCCCCAGAGCUACCACACAAACCAGGCCAGACUCUCCACCACCUGCACCUCUGUCACCCAGCAGGACCAGGUCCAUCACCACCACCCCACCGGCAACGACCCCAGCUCUACCCCUGUCACCCUCAGGAGAAAGUCCACCGCCACCAUAGUCAAAGUGACCGAGCACAGAAGGAUGACCUCUGAACCUGUCAACCGACUGAACGGAAGGCAGAGCCCUGUUUCAUCUGUGUCAGGUGACCAACCAAAUGAUCAGGGCACGGCGGUUCACAGGAGAAAAGCCACCGUCAUAAAAGUGACAGAGCACAGAGAGAGAUACAGCCCAGGUCAGGAUGCCAGAGGUGUGAACAGAAGCAGCAGUAGGCCGUCAGAGUACAGACACAGUUACACAGAGGGAGUGUACAGACACACAUCCCCGUGGCAACAAUCCCCGUGGCAACAAGGAGCCAUGAAUUCAAAUAGGAACUCUGUGGAAUCACUCCAGAGCACCCCUCCCUCCCAGUACCUUCUAGAAUCAUCUAUGGACAGGAUAGACAGGCCCAACUCUGCUCUGUUCCUGACUCCAAACAAGUCCACCUCAACCACUACAGUUGCUCUGAGGGACCCAGAGGGAAGCAGAGGUGGAGGGAAGCCAAUACAGAAGUCUACCCUGAUGCUGUUCAUCAACCCCUCUUCUCCCUCUUCCAGAGAGACGUCCAUAGAGAAGGUUGGUGUAGAGAGAGGAGGCGAAGAGAGACGGGCUCGGGACAGAGCCAGGAGACCAGCGAGCUGCUAUGCUAAUGUGUUUGGGCCACUGGAGCCCAGAGACUGUUACACAAGCUGGACCCAGGAACUGGAGCCCAGAGAUUGUUAAACAAGCUGGACCCGGGAACUGGAGCCCAGAGAUUGUUAAACAAGCUGGUCCCGGGAACUGGAGCCCAGAGACUGUUACACAAGCUGGACCGGGGAACUGGAGCCCAGAGACUGUUACACAAGCUGGACCCGGGAACUGGAGCCCAGAGACUGUUAAACAAGCUGCACCCGGGAACUGGAGCCCAGAGACUGUUAAACAAGCUGGACCCGGGAACUGGAGCCCAGAGACUGUUACUGUUAAACAAGCUGGACCCGGGAACUGGAGCCCAGAGACUUUUAAACAAGCUGGACCCGGGAACUGGAGCCCAGAGACUGUUAAACAAGCUGGACCCGGGAACUGGAGUCCAGAGACUGUUACUGUUACACAAGCUGGACCCGGGCAUUGGAGCAUGGGACUUUCUAACCAGACCCAGAAUUCUAAUAUUGACCCAGUGAGGGACUGGGUCAAGGACACUGCUACCAGCAACAGUAGAUUAAACACUGGAUAUUCUAGCUCUUCCAUCAGUGCUGGACCAGCAGGCAGGGACAGGGAGAUGUGUCCCCCAGAGACAGAGUCCUCCAGACCAGCAGGCAGGGACAGGGAGAUGUGCCCCCCAGAGACAGAGUCCUCCAGACCAGCAGGCAGGGACAGGGAGAUGUGCCCCCUGGAGACAGAGUCCUCCAGACCAGAGGGAAUAGGGACUGAGAGAGAGAUGUGUCCCCCAGAGUCAGAGUCCUCCAGACCAGCAGGCAGGGACAGGGAGAUGUGUCCCCUAGAGACAGAGUCCUCCAGACCAGCAGGCAGGGACAGGGAGAUGUGCCCCCCAGAGACAGAGUCCUCCAGACCAGCAGGCAGGCACAGGGAGAUGUGUCCCCUGGAGACAGAGUCCUCCAGACCAGAGGGAAUAGGGACUGAGAGAGAAGGAGAUCUAACACAACAUCCACACCAGGCAGAUGCCAGGAGCAGCCAACCACAACCUCCAGCUAUCACUCUCAUCAAGCACCAAGAGCCCCAGUCACAUCAGCAGUCUCCUGAGGCUGUCCUGGCCCUCAACGCCGCCGCCGUCAUAGCUCAUAUCAAACUCCAGAGACAACUGAGCCUGAGGAAGACAACACCACAUGACCUUUCUACACAGGACUCAAGGUCACCCACAACACCGGAGGGGGGAAAAGCACUGGUGAAGGAUGCUGGUGGUUGUGUGCGACCCAGGACUGAUGACAACAGACUAGACCCUGGUGAGACCACCAGAACCAAACAUCACACAACCCAGAUUGAUGUUGGGUUUAUUCCCCUGAAUUCUGACUCUGACCCGGAAACAAGCAAAGUCAACAUUCCAUCACCCAGGGAGGCUCUGGAGCGAUCCAGACCACACUUCAUCAUUCGCUCUCAGGGCAGACUGAGAGAGAUGGAGAGGCGGGCGGAAGAGAGGAGGGAGGAGAGGCACUCUGACCACCAGCCAGAGGAGAUGAUGCUGAUGCACCAUAGAGGACACAGCACCAGAACCAGUCCUCUCAGUGAUAACCUUUUCAGACCCAGAGAUAGAGCCAUUACAGGGAAGGAGAUGCAGCUCAGAACCAGGCAGAACUAUAAAAAUCUGCCGGAGGUGAGGAGGAAACAGGAGGAAGAGAAGAGGAGGGAGGACUACCUGACUAACAGGCUGAGAGCAGAUCUCUUCAAAAAGAAACUGUUAGAACAGAUCCUUCAAAGGGCUAGUCACUGAGUGAAGCCAAGGAUGAAUGGUCCGAACGUACGUGAUCUCCACCCCCUCCUUCCAGCAUACUGCCCUACUUUGAGAGACCCAACAACCAUCAAGACGGACUAACGAUUAUCCCAACGAAAGUAUUAAUACACAUUAUAAAUAAGCAACAUCAUAAAAAAUAAAAAAGAUUAACAAUUUUUUUAAAUUUGUAGUGAAAAUGGGAUUAGAAAUGAAACAAAACAAUGUUAUAAUGUUCCAACGUUUUAAUGAUAACGCCUUUCAUAUUACUGCUGUUUAUGAUCCAAAAACCCUGUUUGGUUUCCAGAAGCACACUGGCUGUGUGUUUUACUGCUCCUAAGCCAAUCGUAUCGAAUCCUACGGAGAGCUGCUCCUAAGCCAAUCGUACCGAAUCCUACGGAGAGCUGCUCCUAAGCCAAUCGUAUCGAAUCCUACGGAGAGCUGCUCCUAAGCCAAUCGUAUCGAAUCCUACUGAGAGCUCCAAUGAAUGUCUGUCUACUUCACCAGAAGCUUUCUGAGGGUCUAGAAGAAGAAAAAUAAUGUGUAGAAUACCGGUUUAGUUGUGGAAUUACCAUGUAACAAAUGUUGUUGUUCUAUGUUAUCUAUGUUAUCUAUGUUAUCUAUGUUAUCUAUGCAUAUGGGCUGUGUACUGAUUUGAAGCCUUCCAUUAAAAAAAAACUGUAUCGUUGGCUCCACUAAAUGUUGUUCUUCUAUGUUAUCUAUGUUAUCUAUGUUAUCUAUGUUAUCUAUGCAUCCUGCUUGUCUAUAUUAUUCGUAUUUGAUUUAGC